CAAAAAAAAGAGAAAACCUCUUUUCCCUUCCCUAUCCUCUCUAGAGAAUAGAGUCCUUCUCUUCUCUUCCCUUUCCUCUCUAGUCCUCUUCUCUUCCCUUUCCUCUCUAGUCUUCUCAUCCCUUUCCUCUCUAGAGAAUAAAGUCGAUCUCAUUCAUGGUGGGGAACGAUACAGAACGAAACUCACAGACCAGAAAGAUGGGUCGGGGGAAAAUUGAGAUCAAGAAAAUUGAAAAUCUCAGUAGCAGGCAAGUCACGUUCUCGAAACGCCGCAGCGGAUUGUUCAAGAAGGCAGCCGAAUUGUCAGUACUAUGCGAUGCCGAGAUUGCAGUCAUAAUUUUUUCUCAAACUGGAAAGCUUUAUGAACAAUCAAGCACCAGCAUGGAGAAAAUUCUUUCGAGGUAUCACAAUUUUUCAAACAAGCAGGGCCUCCUCCAAUUAGAGUAUUCUUCAGAAGAGCUCCCCCAUGAAUCGGCUGAAGAGGAGCCGAAAUUUGAUUCAAGCGCACUGCAGAGAAAAUUUGAAGCAAUGCAGCAAAAGAUUGAAGCAUUACAGUUGGAACUCUGUCGGAUGAAGGGUCAGAAACUGGAUGGGCUGAGCUUAAAUGAACUGUAUGAGGUGGAGAAACAACAAAUGGAAGGGGAAUUAGCUGUUAAGAAUAAGAAGGAGGAAAUACUUUCGGAGGAGAAACAGAAGACUACAAAGGAGCAUGAGAAGGCUAUGCAAAAGAUUGAGAAUCUGGAAAGAGAGAUUGAGGAAUUGAGGAGGCAAAACUAUGUGCGCCCAUCUAUCAUUGAAUCCCAUCCUCCUAAGAAGAGGCUUUUAUACUUUACAAACUCAUCCAAAGCCGUUUCCAAUUGUUCAACUGCCUCUGAGCACGAAAGUGACGAGCAUUCGGACACUUCUUUGCAAUUGGGGUUUAAUUUCUCAGGUUGUCAUCAUCCAAGUGUUGGUCAGUGCAAGAGGAAAGAAGCCCGCAUUCGCCCCAGUUCUAAUGAUUCUGGGAGUCAAGUAGUCUCAGACUGAUUUGAAGAGUUCUCAAAUUUGACAUUUUCUUAUUAGCUGUCAGCUAGUCAUUGAUGUUGCUUUCAAUUCUUAUCAGAUUUUCUUUUGAACUAUAUAUAGACAUUCAGUAAAGUUUUUACUAAUGCAUAUGAAACCACAGU